AUGAGAGGCACUGUAACAAGGGGGGGAGGUGGGAGCGUGACGCUUGAGGAGAGUGAGGAUGGGAAUGAGGAGAGCGAGGAGGCGAGAGAGGAGGGGAAUGAGAAGAGUGAGGAGGUGAGAGAGGAGGGGAAUGAGGAGAGUGAGGAGGUGAGUGAGGAGGAGAGAUGGAAGAGGAAUGGGGAGAGGAGGGACGAGGGGAUUGAGGAGAGUGUAGAGAGGAGUGAGGAGAAGAUUGAGGAGGAGAGAAGGGAGAGAGGAGAGGAUUUUGUGGAGGGGAGCGAGGACGAGAAUGAGGAGGAGAGCGAACGGGGGAGUGAGUCAAGUGAUGGGGAGAGUGUGGAGAGUGAAGAGGGUGAAAGAAAGGGUGGUGAAUGGGAGGAAGGGAGAGGGUGGGGCAGCAGGAAGGGUGGAGUGGAGAGAGAUGAGAGGGGAGUGCAGGCGCUGUCGAGUGUGAGAUGGACGAGGAGGGGGACGGCGAGGGGGAGGGGAAGGUGGUUGAGAGAGAGAGUGGGGGCAUGGGGGGAGAGGAUUGGAGGAGUGUUGCGUGGUGGGAGGGGGGAGAAAGCAGCACUGUGGACGGUCGUGCAGAGGUGGGUGUGGGGAGGGAUAAGAGGGGGUGUUGGGAAUGGAGGGCCUACGGGGAGUCGAGGGGCGGAGGAGGAGGAUAGCAGGGCAGGUGGGGUGCAGCACACCAACCACGGUGGUGAUGCAGCCAUGCACCCCAUCGAAGAACAGGCCAUCCUGAGGCGCACGGCGAGUCAGGAGGCUAGUCAAGGCGACACAGUUGGCACAGGCAGCACAGCCGUCCCCCCCAGCCACACAGGCAACACCAGGCGCUGGGCAGGCCUGCCCUUCGUGGCAGUGGUGGUGGUGGUGGCAAAUCUCCCCUUCUUCCUUGCCUUUUUCCUCCGCAACAUAGCCUGCAAGAACAAGGCCGUGGUCUAUCAGCUCCUUUCAUCCAGAUCAGCCCAUGGCACGUGGCACAUCACAGACCCUGCCACGUGUCCAGCUUUCAUUGGCAGCUGGGGGCUGCUGUUCGAGGCUCAGUGGGGUGGCACCCGGAACGGAGGAGCAGCCGUGGUCCGAACCACUGGUGCAGGUUCAGGCCGAAGAAGUGGUUCAGGUUCAGGCCGAGCCAGCGGCUCGCCUUUAGGCUCAGCUUUUGGCCAGAGCAGCUAUUCUGGUCGGGCAGCUGCAGUGCACCCAGUUGCGCUUGGGGAGGGAGGUGGAGGAGGGAGUGGUGAUGGGGGCCGAUGGGGCAUCUUGAAGAACGAAACGCACGGAGGUGGGGAGUGGUGGGAUGUUGAUGAUUCUUUCACACAUGGCCGUGGGUAUGCUCGAGCCCACGCAGCCAGUGCAUAUGGCCAUGGCACAGCAGGCAGCAACACUGCCAUGGAGAAGCUGCGGCAUGGGCUGGCGUGGGCAUCGGGGUGGUUGGGCAUAGCGCAUGUGCCUCUGGAUCUCUGCCUGCGAUGCUCCCUUGCUGUGGUUGUUGCCAGCUACAGCUGGAUGGCUGCCAGCUCAGCAGACGCUGCCAGCUCAGCAGGAGACGCAUCCGCACAGUGCACGGUGCUGUUGGUGCUGGCGUGCUGCCAGUUGCUCUACCUCGCCCUCGCCCGUCCCUUCAUCAGCACCACCCUCCUCCUCUCCGCCCUCCUCGCCUCCGCCUCCCACGUCUGCCUCUUCUCCGUCGCCCUUUCCAUUGCCACCGGCGCCAUUCUCCCUUCCGCGGCUGCAGCAGCAGGUGCGGGGCUGCAGGCGCUGCUGCUGGUGUGCUUCAUGGGCCACCUGCUCUGCUUCCUGCGUGCCUUAGUGAAGGAUACAACAGGGGUGGGGGUGAAAUACUAUGAGGGUGCCCCCACCACUCUCACUCCCACCUCCCACACCCCCAUCGCUCCACAAGACCACCAUCACACCCUCGCUCGCCACAGAUUUCUUGAUGCCAAUUUCCGUCCCGAUGCCUGUCCGUCCCCCUCCCUCUCCCCUUCCCCCUCGCACGCGCCCAACCCAAGAGGGCCGCACCGCCUGCCGUCCCUCCCUGAAGCGCCGCAGAGCGCCUCUCCCGACCCCCGCCGGCCCUACACCCCACAGCCCAGAGCGGUGAAGAACGGUUACGCAUGGUCCAGCAGGCAUGCCGCGUAUGGCACAGACACUGAAGCUUCUAGAGAAGCUUCUGAGGUGACUCCUGGGGCGUUCCCCCCUCGUGCUGAUGCUGCUGCUGCUGUGGACGGGGCAGGCGGGGCUCAUGCAACUGGAAAGACCAGUGCUGCUGCUGCUGCUGCCAAGGUCGCUACCGUGGCUACUCCCCAGCUGAAAGCCUCCGCCUCCUCCUCUCACUCCCUGUCGGCCUCCUCCCAGGCGUCCAGUGCUACAGCUGUUGUCCCUUCCUCCCCCUCUGCCCUCACAGUGGACGCGGCUGUAGAAGCCAUGGCUGCUGCAGCAGGGGGCGACCCCGCGCUACAGCCUGGGAUCUGGGGCAUGGUGGCUGGUGCUGCCGGGUCCAUCAUGGGAAGCUUCUGGGGUGCUUCUGCCGGGGACGGGAGAAGGCUCAAUGGCUCCAUGUCUCACACCCUCACACCCCUCUCCUCCGUGUCUACCCCGCCCUCCCUCUCCUCGCCCUCCACCUCUCCUUCUGCACUCUCUAACACCCUCUCCAAUGACAAGCAGCCGUCCACACUCUCUCGCACCAUCACCCCCCUUGCCUCCCUCACUCCUGCCUCCUCACUCUCCCCUCUCUCCUCCGCUGCGCCUCUCUCCUCCCUCUCCUCGCCCCAAUCAAGCUGCGACACGUCAGCAUCCGGCUCGCAGGCAGCAGGGACGGGGUAUGAGCACGGGACACUGGUGGAUGCUGCAGGGCGGAAGGAGGGGCGAGAGGCAGUAGCACUGGCGCCACCACCCAACCGAAGCGGCUCGUUUGGAAGAGGGGUGGGAGCGGUCACCCCGUCUCCCUCUCAGUCCAACUCCUACUCUCACGGCCCGUCCAGGUCGGGCCUGCGCCUGCGAUCGUGGACCAAGUCCAGGUCUCGCUCCCGGGCGCACUCAGGUGCUUUCUCAGGUGCCCACUCAGAUGCCCGCGCUGCGUCGGGCUCCAGCGGGCAGCUGAACGGGCAGGUUAACGGGCAGGCAGGGUCCUUUUCAGGGUCGGAGGGUGGUUCUUGUGGUGAUGACGUGGUGGGUGGAAGGGCAUAUUCAAUCGGCAAGGGGUCGUCACAUGGUAGGGGUUCACACAGGGGGGGUUCGUCUGCUGCUGCUUGUGCUGCUGCUGCGGCAGGUGUUUCUAGUGAUAAAGAGUCAUCUGCUGCUGCAAACUCAAAUGCUGCUGCAAACUCGAAUGGUGCUGCUCCUUCACACCCACCCCAUCGCUACGGCCCAGCAGACUCGCUCUCAGACUCGUUCUCCUCGUCCUUCACGACCUCGGUAGAGCCCACCCCCAUACAGUCACUCUCCCCUCUCUCCACCUCGCUGCUCUCCCCGUCCGCCCUCUCUGCCUCGCUGUCUGCAUCAGAGGGAGGGGGCUUGAGUGCUGUUAGGAAUGAAAUUGAAAGGCGGAUAAUGGAGACGAGCCGAGCACUGGAAACCGAGGGGAAGGUGGAGGGGAAGAAAGGGAAGGGCGAGUGGAGUGGGGGAGGAGGUGGGGGAGUGAGGCACUGGGGGAGAGAGGGCAAAACGGAAGAGGAAGAGGAGAAGAAAGAGGAGGGGGGUGGGGAGAGAGGGGAGGAGAAGAGAGGCGAGGAGGAGAGGGACGAGAGUCCUCUGAGGAGAAUGCCAGUGUGGGGCGAUGAGGCAGAUGACAACAGUGCCACUUCGCCCUCGCCCAUUGGGGGUGGGAUGAUGGGCAAGGCGGGCAGGAGUGUGUUUGACAGGUAUGGGGCAGGGAUAGAGAGUGGGAAUGCCGCAAGUGCUGCUGCUGCUGCUGCUGCUGCUAUUGCUGCCGCAGCCGGUUUUACUAAUGCGCCUGCUGCUGCUGCUGCUGCUGCUGCUGCUGCUGCUGCUGAGUCCGCACCUGCCGCUGCUGUGGUUGUAAGGGACAUGGGUGCAGCAGCGAGAGUGUCGGCCUUGGUUGGCCGAUCACCUGCUUCUGGUGUGCUUGGGAAAGGGCCGGGUGUGACGCAUGGCAGGGCAGGUGCAAGGCAUGGUGAAGCUGACACACCACCCGUUGCACGGACCGUUGCAGCCGUUCCAAAAGCAGUGCCCAGAACAUCAGAACAGCAGAGCAAGGAGGAGGAUGCAGAUGAGGAGGCAGCAAGCGAACAUCACAACUCUCUGCAGCCUCCCAGCGGACAAGACGCAAUCCACCCACACAAAGACUGCCUCACAGGAGGCUUGGCGAGUCGCUCUGGCGAUUCUGGCUCGAAAGGCUUCAGUUCGGGGAGCUGUUGGUCUGGUGAAGCAGGGAAGGAGGGGACGUGGCAGAAUAGUGGUGGUCUGAGUGGGGUGGCGUCAGGAGCAGCCUUUGCUGCCACGUGUCAGAAUCCUAGUGGCUCUUGGACGAGCUACGACAUCCAGGUGUCUGCCUCUGUUUCUGACUCCAAGGGACAAACAUCCAUCCCUUCUACCUCCCACCCUUCCCAGCCCUCCUCCCCCUCCUCCCCUUCCUCACCCCUCCUUUGCCCCUCCCCCUCCGCCUCUCCGUUCCUCCCCUCUGGUAGUUCGCUGCCUUCCAUUGAAGUCUCCAACUCCCCACAUCCAUCCCUUCUCCCUCCUCCCCCUCCUCCCCCUCCUCCCCUUCCUCGCCCUCCCUUUCCGCCUCUCCCUCCCCCUCUCCGUUCCUCCCCUCUGGUAGUUCGCUUCCUUCAAUUGAAGUUACCAACUCCCCGUUAG